AUGGGAGGAAAAUCCGACUUGAACACAGUUCCUAAUUCAGCCAUUGCUUCGCUGCUUGACCAAGGUGUCAGUCUAGGAUUCUUCCAUACACCGCCUUCUUCGAACGAUCUGAAUGCCGAGCGAGACGAUGUGGAAAUGUACAAACAAUUUCAGAAAGAUGGUCCCUUGAAACAUUCACUCGAUAUCAACUGUCAGCUCAUUGAAGGCUGCCCCGGCAACUACUAUAGUCAAGAGGGGAUGGUAAAUGUAAUCAUCAAUGAACUCAAUCGUGUAGGAGGGCGUGCAUCAAAAUUCCAUCUCUGCCAAACACUGCAUGUCAAACCAGUGUUUUUGGAAGCAAACUCGACCAUCUUGAAACUGCUGCCGCUCUCGAUUCAAGUACUGGGCACAGAUCUCAUUUCUGAUAUCUUUUGGACGAAUCUUCGCGAAGCUGUUUUGCGGGAGUCACUGGAGGAGCCCGUCGUUGUCGCAAAAGUAUGUACUGAACGUUCCUGGGACGUGAAACUUGCUCUUGAUUGCCUCGUCCAUCACACGAAGAACGAAGAGAUUAAAGGAGAAAUUCACAUGGAUACGGAAUCCAUGAACCUCGCCACCGCCACAUUUACCCCCUCCUCCUAUACCAACAAACAGCAGGAUGAAGUCGCGAACUUUCUUGAAGCGAAUGGCUUCAUUAGCAAAGCGAGGGCUUUGCGUCACGGGUUAUCGCUCCUCAAAAUUGAGCAGCUUGCAAAGGAACGUCACCAAGACGUCAUCAUACUAGAGGAUUUCCUGAUUGCUGAACAUACUGUUCUUCAAAAGCUCCAGGCCUCUAUUGAGUUGUGUAUAGAGAAUGGCAUUUCGGAUCUACAAGAGUACAUCCCUGCCGAACUAAUUCGCCAAGACAUCAUCUUCGAGCUUUUGAAGCGUGUAACACAAUCCUCAAAUCAAUGCAUCCCAGUGAUAUGUAAAGUGCCUCUUGUGCAGAGUUUUGCCAAAGCAAAAGCUGAGGAGAUCAUUGAUGAAAACCGGAAACGAGAGACAGACGACGACGAAGACGAAAUCACAAACCAUGGUGGAAAGAAAAACAAAUCCAGGUCGCGAAAACAAAAAGAAAAACAUAGCAAUAAACAUAUUGACGGCGUUGGAGUGGUUCCAUUGCAAAAUGUUGCUCAACGAAUGAUCGAUUUAUACACAACACUUACAGUAGUUGAUGCAGAUGUGGAGGACAUUGCGUCUCUUGGUGAUAGGUUUGAAUGGGAGGAUGAAAAUGAUAGCGGCUUUCUCUUGAUCGAAUUCUGCAAGUGCAUUCUUUACACGGAUGCUUUUCAAUCACAGUGUCAGUCUGCUGUUCUGGCGGAGUUGAAGCGACUGGAAUCAGCCAAAAUUUCAAAGUCUUGUCUCAGCCGCAAGGAAGCGGCUACAAAAAUUCGCAAUGUAGACUCUGCAUUUGAAGAUUGUUUCACGGAUCUUUGCUAUCUGAUACAGGCAUCCUCAAAGUUCCAUUUGUUCGCUAGUGGAUACAAGGACGUGUUCGACGUAGCCACUGUGAAAGGACUGCAAAAUGAGUUGCUCUUGGGGUACUGCGCCGAUCUAACCAGCCGAAUAACUCAAUACUGCCUAUACAAAAACGAAGAAGAGCCUCUUUUCACAUUCAAAUCGGAAGUCGAGGAGGAAAAGGCCAAAGAGGAAUCUUUGAUUCCGAGUUUGCCACCUUUCUGCAUGGAGCUGGAUUUUACCGCAACUCAACCCAUUCGAAGUUAUCUCUCGUGUCCGCCACCAAGAGAGCCGCUUCCUGUACUGCGCGAAUGCCUAGAUAGCAACAAGGGGGUGACUCUUGCCAGGCAGUGGAUAUUGUGCGGGGGUGAGUCCUAUCGUGGAGGCGUUCGAAUUUCGGAAGAAGGUUCAUCGAUUGUUCGAGAAGGAACUGUUGAUGGUUUCCUGAACCACGUGCAGGAGAAUUGCCUAACACUUUGUGGACUCCCGUUUAAAAAAUUGGACAAGAAAGCGGAAAAGCAACUUCUGUUUCGUCGCAAGGUGGCGCUAAUGACGAUGCUCGAAGAGACCACGGAUCCUGCCAAAGUUUUAAAUUUGACGAUAAUGCUAUUAUUCCAACAAGUAAAGCACAUGGUUGUCUACGGCAAAUACUUGCGAGGUUCCAUCUUGAAUGCUUUGGUGAAAGAGAGAAAAAUAUCAGAAUCAGUCGGCGAUGUUCUACAGGGUCUGAACGACAGAAUUGAAAAAGGGUUGUCUAUCAGUGAAGGGUACUUGAAUGCCGCGAAAGGAUGCGCCCUUUGCAAAGACAUUGGAAAGCAUGAAAUUGACUUUGCAAUAGAGUGA